GGGCGCUCCGGGCCGGGCCCGGCCGCCUCCUCCCGGCGGCACCGCGGCCCACUCGCGCCGCCGCGGCGCCUAUAAAGGGCCGCCCGCCGCCGCUUCCCGAAACCGCCGCCGCUUCCCGAAACCGCCGCCCCUCCGCUCGCCGAGGCCGCACCGUAAAAUCAACAGGCCGCCGUUCUGCAGAAUCUGGGCUAAAUCGAAGCAAUAUAUAUAUAUAUAUAUAUAAGAGACGUUGGGGUUUAGGAGGAUUUGCCUCAAAGCGCUCGGGAGCCGGCGUAUGAAUUUUGGCGUCUUUUCCGAUCCCUGCUCUCCAGGAGCCUUAACUUUGGGCUGUUUUUGCUGAUUUUCAAGCCUGCACGACCCUCUCCGCUGCCGUGUCCCUGUGCCCACCCUGCCGCCCUUAUCCCAACCUUCUGCCAGCCGCAUCUUAGGCUUUUAAUUAAAACUUCGAGUGCACCCCCAGAAUUAAUAUUUAUACAGAGCUCGCCUUGAGACCCCCCAAGUGAAAACCCCCAGCGGUUUUUAGCGCCGAGGGGAAGAUGAACACGGCUGCCAGCAGUUACCCCAUGGCCUCGCUGUACGUGGGGGAUCUGCACCCCGAUAUCACCGAGGCCAUGCUCUACGAGAAGUUCAGCCCUGCCGGGCCCGUGCUGUCCAUUCGGGUGUGCAGGGAUAUGAUCACCCGCCGCUCCCUGGGCUACGCCUACGUUAACUUCCAGCAGCCCGCAGAUGCUGAGCGAGCUCUCGAUACCAUGAAUUUUGACGUGAUCAAAGGGAAACCCAUUCGCAUCAUGUGGUCCCAGAGGGACCCUUCCCUGAGGAAGUCAGGGGUUGGGAAUGUCUUCAUCAAGAACCUGGACAAAUCCAUUGAUAACAAGGCACUUUACGACACCUUCUCGGCCUUUGGAAACAUUUUGUCCUGCAAGGUGGUGUGUGAUGAGAAUGGCUCUAAGGGCUACGCCUUUGUGCACUUUGAGACGCAGGAUGCAGCAGAUAGAGCCAUCGAGAAGAUGAACGGCAUGCUGCUCAACGACCGCAAAGUAUUUGUUGGGAGAUUCAAGUCUCGUAAAGAGAGGGAGGCUGAGCUGGGAGCCAAGGCGAAGGAAUUCACCAAUGUCUAUAUUAAAAACUUUGGGGAUGACAUGGAUGAUGAAAGACUAAAGGAGCUCUUCGGCAAAUAUGGUAAAACUCUGAGUGUUAAAGUGAUGACAGACCCCACUGGAAAAUCCAAAGGCUUUGGCUUUGUAAGCUUUGAAAAGCACGAAGAGGCCAACAAGGCAGUGGAAGAAAUGAACGGGAAGGACAUCAAUGGCAAAAUGCUGUUUGUGGGCAGAGCACAGAAGAAGGCUGAGCGCCAGGCAGAGCUGAAAAGAAGGUUUGAGCAGCUGAAACAGGAGAGACUCAGCCGGUACCAGGGUGUUAACCUGUACAUUAAAAACCUAGAUGACACUAUAGAUGAUGAAAAACUGAGGAAGGAGUUCUCACCUUUUGGGUCAAUAACGAGUGCCAAGGUGAUGCUGGAAGAUGGCCGGAGCAAAGGGUUUGGCUUUGUCUGCUUUUCCUCUCCAGAGGAGGCCACCAAAGCUGUGACAGAGAUGAACGGGCGCAUCGUGGGCUCCAAGCCCCUCUACGUGGCCCUGGCACAGAGGAAGGAGGAGAGGAAGGCCCAUCUCACCAACCAGUACAUGCAGCGCAUCGCUGGCAUGAGGGCCUUGCCUGCCAACACCAUCAUCAACCAGUUCCAGCCCGCUGCUGGCGGCUAUUUCAUGCCUGCCGUGCCCCAGGCUCAGAGCAGACCCACUUACUAUGCACCCAACCAAAUGACACAGAUGAGACCCAACCCACGAUGGCAGCAAGGAGGGAGACCUCAAGGUUUCCAGGGAAUGCCCAGUGCCAUGCGCCAGUCGGGGCCGCGGCCCGCCCUGCGCCACCUGGCCCCCGCCAACGCCGCCGCCUCCCGCGGGCUCCCCGCUGCUGCACAGAGAGUCGGUGUUGGCACAGCAGCACAGAAUUUGGCUCCCCGUCCUCCUGUAGCUGCCCCUGCUCCCAGGGCUGUCCCUCCUUACAAAUACGCCUCAAGUGUCCGCAGCCCACACCCAGGUGUCCAACCUCUGCAGGCACCUCAGCCUGCAGUGCAUGUGCAGGGCCAGGAGCCACUGACAGCCUCCAUGCUGGCUGCUGCCCCUCCCCAGGAGCAGAAACAGAUGCUGGGAGAACGUCUGUUCCCCCUGAUCCAAGCUAUGCACCCCAGCCUGGCGGGGAAGAUCACUGGAAUGCUGCUGGAGAUCGACAACUCGGAGCUGCUGCACAUGCUGGAAUCCCCAGAGUCCCUCCGCUCCAAGGUGGAGGAGGCCGUGGCAGUGCUGCAGGCUCACCAAGCCAAGAAAGAAGCUGCCCAGAAAGUGGGAGUGGUUGCUGCUACCUCUUGAAACCAGGACGACUGGAUACAAAGAAGCCAAAUAAUCCCUUCCUACACAUCAGCUCAAGAUGUUUGAAGAUCCUUCACUGUCCUGCAGAUCUCAAGGCCAUGCAUUGUAUCACAUAGUUAUAUUGCAUUUUGUAAAUUAAUCUUAAAGAUCUUAUUUAAAAAGCAAACUCUGAAGCUCGAGGUUUCCAAAACCAGAAUGUUGAGGGGGUUUGCAAGCUUCUCCUUUGCCUGAACAGAGCUGCCCCUUGUGUCUUCUAAAAGAGGACGUUGAGGAUUUCAAGCUGGAAGUAUUUUUGUGAGUUUGUGUUUAAUUGAACAAUCCAGUUUGGAAAGUUUGGAAAACAUUUAUCAAUAAAGGAAUAAA